AUGCUGUUUGCUGCUUAUACUUCCAGCAGCAACAUUGGUCCUUCAUAUUCAGCCUUAGUUUCAAGAGGUUCCCUUCUUGAUCUGCUUUGUUGUCCUGAGACCGUCAAUAUUGUGCUCCCAUCAAAAACGAACCGUGUCAUCUCCAAGAAAUCUUGUGACGAUAAACCUGAUGACACCCCAAAACCCGGUCCCGGAUCAUUGUAUACCCGGUGGGGCAGAACUACUUGUCCUACUAAUUCAAGCCUUGUAUAUGACGGUUUGGCUGGUGGAGAAUGGUUCGACAACGCAGGUGGCGGAAGUAAUCUCUUAUGUCUACCCAACGACCCCAUUUGGGCCAAUUAUACUACAGAACAUGAAGGUGGAAGUUGGAUUCAUGGCACUGAAUAUCAACUGGAACACUACACAACUAACAAACUCUUUUCCUUUGCUAACGCUAAAUCGCUUCAUGAUCACGACGUUCCAUGCGCUGUCUGUUUGACACGACAACCUGCUGUUGUUAUGAUGUUACCAGCCAGGACAAAGUGUUACCCUGGUUGGACGAUUGAGUAUUCAGGAUAUUUGAUGACCGAAGGUUCUGGUAAUAAGGGCAGACAUGAAUAUGUGUGUGUGGACUAUGCACCAGAAGCUGAUCCAGCAGGUUACAAAAACGAAAAUGGAGCUGUAUUAUAUUUCGUUCAGGCUUCUUGUGGUUCAUUGCCAUGUCCACCGUAUUUCCAUGGUCAAGAAUUAACCUGCGUUGUGUGCAGUAAACAUUGAAUAGAAAUUAAAUUCGGUUCCAUAUAAAAAUAUGUCUGUGAAUUACAAGAAAUGAUAUGAAUGUUUACCUAAUAUUUUCAUUCAAGUAUGUCUAUCGUUAAAAGAA